UAGCGGCAUUCAAGAUCAACGGCCAAAUGGAAGCACAACACCGAUUCGGGAGACCGGAGACCAACUGUCGCCUUUACUCGGUACUAACCAUAUUUUUGAUUACAUUUUGUUUGGGUUAUUCGGAGACUGUGACUAGUAAGGGAUUCGAUUGGAUGACCCCGGAACCCGAUCAAACCCUUGAUGAGUGCCAUGACGAGUUUACAAUUGCCUGUGCCAAUGCCUCAGCAGUCUUCGCCGAAUCCUAUGAUCAUUGCGAACUUAAUGCCAAUGAGACUAUCGUCAAUCUGGAGGUGGACGUGGAACUGGAGAGACUCCAGAUCGAGUUGGGCUCCAGCGAAGUGUGCGGAAAUUUGCAACUUUGUGACACUUUAGUGGACGAUCUGGAGUACUUCAAGUGCAUUAAUGAGAAGGGAACCCGCAAUCUGGACAUUUUGACAGAAAUAACUUACAAUUCCACAAGUGCCUAUACACGUCUGCAUGAGGAUUAUGAUGAAGUGCACCGGACUUUUCUGCUCUGCAGUCUGAAUGCCCAGACAAAGUAUAUGGAGGACAUAAGGCAGGCCCACAGGGAGCUCACUCAGUGUCGAUCGGAAAUUGAUGAGCUUAGCGUGUAAAUAUUGCUUAUCUUUUACUAUAUAAACAAGAUGAUUAAGGGUGAAUAAACACCAAAGGCAACUAACUCAUGAUAAUUUACUACCAAAUGAUAUGAAUUUCGUAUAAGAAUACUAUUGUUAAGAUUAGAUAACUUAAGGAAGGAAAAGAUUCCUUUAAUAAAUAUUUAAAUCAAA